AUGGUUUAUCCCUUAUUACCUAAAGAAUCUCACAAUGCGUUAUUCCUGCUAGGUCUGCCAGCGCUAGUAGACGUUUCGCUUCGUGAUCAACCGGAUGACAUCAUUGGCUGUGGAGUUUCGAGCACCGUUCUUCCCGAGACUGUCUCCACGACUGCCCCAUUUGCUACAAAUGCAGUGGAAACAUCCUCGGCCAUGGGUAGCUCAUCGACCGAAUCAAGUUUACAUCAUUCUACCACGCAGUCCUCAGCUGCCAUAGAUGGCGAAAGCUCUACGGCGAGGCUUCCGAUUCGUGAGACCACUGUUCAAACAACUAUGAUACCGGAAACUACAACUGCGCCAAUUACACAACCUCGCGUUACGUUGACAAUUACUUCAACGUCCGCGCAGAGAGAAACAACGGCGCUGUAUGUGCAUUCUACAAAUCUCCCUGCUCUACCGAGUGCUUCAGAAAAGAUUGUUACGAGCGCGACUGCAAGUCCAGUUUUGAUAACAACCGUUAAUCAGAUGUCCACUGGUCCUUGGAACACCACAACAUCUGCGGCGCCAGCUCAACAAACGAGCGCCACGAAUAAAACCCGGCGACCUACCUGGACAACGAACAUGAGCCAGCCUUCUUCCCACCCGCAGGAGUUAACAACUUUUACACCACCGCAAAGAGCGACAAGGCGGUAUGAUUCAACUUCAGCUGCAUUCAGUAUUUCUCCAAGGAGAAAUCGGACCACCACUCCAACGACGAGUACACAAUCGCGUACAUCGGGCAAUACCCAGACGUCCAUAGCGUGGUAUUCUGCAGCAUCAACUCCCACGACGGCGUCGCUGACCACUUCAUCAAGCCCACAAGAAACGUCAAACUUGAGAUUCAGUCCUACUUGGCGGCCUUCUGGUACCAGGUCUCGAACGCCUUCUCCCAGUACGCAAAAGGCAACCGCAAGGAUGACAUCGGCGUCGACCACAUACAAACCUUACACGGCGAGGAGGCUUACUACACUCAGUACUACGUCGAACUCUGUCGCAUACACAAGAACUACUAGACAACGUUUCACUAUUCUUCCUGUCUUCACGAGAUACACAAGGAAUACGAGAUACCCGCUAAGAAAUAGAACGGUGUUCUACGUUCCCACAACUCAAGCGCCGAGCGUGAGAACAACCAGCAUCGUCUCGCGUUUCCCUAGUUCAAGGCCUAGAGUUUUCACGAGGACCAAUACGGUUAGUCUGCAGCCGACGACGGGCAAGCCAUCUGCGGACGUUCGACCGACGACGAGAAAAACUUACGCGACUGUUGUUCAUGGCGCGACGCGCGUGACAGGAGUGACGCUGGUCACAGCGCAGCGAGAUCUGAAACCGGGUCUUUUAGGAACAACGUCAAGAGCGGUUACUUUUAAGACAGAGCUUCCACCAACCGAAAGUCCCAAGUCAAGCCAUGGGGUCUCCUCAAUGGAAAGCACCGUGGCAUCCGGUAUCUCGACGAAGACUACGUCAGGUUUACCCACAAAGCCAACCAAGCCAACAAGAAAAACUGUCAAACCUCACCACGCGAACGAUUUUACAAAGUGGACGAAGAAACCUUCCCUGAAGACAGUAGCUCCAGCGGUUUCCACGCAUAAGCAGUUCACCCCAAGUGGAGUCCACAGUUCCACUUUUGGUGAUUGGGUUGAAGAAAACAAUGCCUUUCCUAGCGAAUCUCCCGGUGCGAAUUCGGGAGACCAGAUACCAGAAGUCGUGGAAACACCCGGAGACAUCGAUGACAAUGAAAUUCCAUUGCUCAAUAGCGCUCCGUCUAGAAAUCAGGGAUACAUGGCUAAGCCUCAGCAAUCCGCGUCGGUAAGAGAGAGAGGGGCAUCGUGGGGUUUGCUGGCGCUCAAGAUCGGCAUGGCAACAGCAUGCGCGUUAGGUUUGGCACUCGCCGUCAUGUUCAUCAUGCUGCGGUGCAGAAGAAGGCCUGCUUUGGGCCUCAGCGAUGAUUCUGAAAUGAAACCACUGUCUCAGUUUGAACAAUCGGAAGCCGCGGAUGGAGCUUCAUAAAAUGGAA